ACCGGCCUGGACGCAUACCUCGCUGUAUAUCGCGUACAAGUCGUCGGGAUCGACGUGCACCGGUGCUUCCGGUACCGAACGCAAGAGGUGUUCCUCUUACAUUAGCAGCGUCUCGACGCCACGACCACACGACGAUGCUCGUACCACCGCCUGGACACCUGAUUGCCGCUACCACGAAUGAAAAACCGUCGCUCGUAUCCGGGAUUUAACGUUCCAGUAACUGCACCGACUACCAUUCAAUGGACUGCUUUUAAGCGAGCGGAGGAUAGGAGUAGGGUGAGAGUCUAGCCAAGACAAUUGAGUAAUUAUUUCGUAGAAGACUUUCAUUGGCUCAAUUGGAUCCGACGUUGUAUAACUAAACGCAGCUAAUUUAUUUCGGACGUGUAUGAUGAAGCCUGAAAAAAUUUCGGGAGCCGAUGUCAACGUCAUCGUCUAUGCGGGCGUUCAAGUCGCCUGCGUGCCAUCGGGCAUGCCGCGCGAUCCACGCUCACGUGUCGCGCUUCGUGUCGUCAUCCGGGAUCAUCGCUCCCGAUUGAAAUUAAGCGCUCCCCUCUCGAGAUCCGGUCCCCUCUACCUGAUAGUCGGAGAUCGCUUUCGCAGACCCGUUAACCUACUCGGGGCCUUAGUGUCUGCGCUGCCUCCGUGCUUUCCACGUUGGCGUUCGGAUAAACCCUGGUUUCACAACAAUUGCCCUUGGACUCGAGCAACCGAGCGUGCCGACCUGAGGGAGAGGCUCCGAUGUCAAACGGUGUACGAAGAGAACCGGAACUGACCGGUUCGUUUAAUCAGGCAAAAUGAAGGGUUGGUUCGACGCGUUUCGCAUCGACGGUGGCCCCACGUUGUACAGUUAUAGCAAUCGUACACCUGUCACGGGAGACGUUCCUCUGGUGAUCGUGUUCGUCAUCUUCGGCACCAUCUUCACCGCUUUCCUAGUCAUAUUCCCUGGAAUACGAAAGGAGCGGCUGAGCACGUUCCUCACGGUGACCCUGAGCCUUUUCGUUGGAGCGUCGAUUCAAGUCGCCCAGUAUGGAUCCUCGUGGCACACCAGUUCCGCAACAAUCGUCAGCACGUAUAGUGCGUUUUCCAGGCAGAAGACUGCAGCAGAAAUCGGCGGAUACAUAGGAUUGAUGCACAUAAACAUCACGUACAGACUGAUACCGAACAGCGAUAAUCCAAUGGAUGAUGUCGAGUACAACGAAAAAUUCUGGUGGAGAAGUACAGGCGAGAUGACGAGUGCAUUUAAACAAGCGCUAAACCAAGGAGCACCAUUCCCUAUCGUUUCUCUAGCCGAAUAUUUCAGUCUUCAUCAGGAAGGUUUCUCUUGGGGGAGUAAAUAUCGGCAGGCUGGCUAUUACGCAUCGCUUAUACUUUGGGCGUCUUUUGCUUUUUGGGUACUGAUGAACCUUUUAUUAGUAGUAGUGCCACGAUAUGGCGCAUACGGCAUGAUCUCCACUGGAAUUUGCAUGCUCCUGACCAAUUUAAUUUAUUGGGCGCUCUUACCUUGCGAACCUUUGAUAGCGCAUAUCGACGGAUCCAUUCUUGUCUUCAAUUUAGGCUGGAAUUAUUGGUUAAUUCUAUUAUCUGGUAUCGGAUGUCUCUUUGCCGGAGUUGUGAUAACGGCCAUAGACAUGAUUUUUCCCAAUCAGUUUUCCACGAUACUGGAGGUUGAUUAUGAUACACCGUACGAUAGGCACGUUAUCAUAGAAGAGAGUUUUGAUACAAGGAAUAUCAGGCGGAGGCUGCCAAAAAUUGAGGAUUCUCUCGGUGAUCGUAUAAUAAGUCAGUUGUCGUCAAAGUUACAAAACAGAUACGAUACCAAGGAGGACACGCAAGGUGUGAUAAAUCGGGGAUACACGUCACAUGAGACACCCGAAUUCCAACACGAGGAUUCUGCAAAGAACAACUGGUCUUAUCCGUUUCCGUCAUCCUCACGUAGGAUUAUCAAUGAUUGACAUUCUUAGAACUGUUUGCCGUUAGUAAAUUUUUUAAGACUUUAAA